AUGGCCGCGCGCGAGGAGACGGUGGGGCGCUGGGUGGGUCGCCGUCGCGGAGUGUUUUUGCUGCUUUGCAAAAAGGAUCUGCGCCUUAAUAAUUUUUUUUUUACAAACACAAGCUGGAUUGUGGUUAGUAUGGCUUCUAAGAGAAGCACUCGAAGGCGGGCAAAAAAGGAAGAAUGCAUCAUGAACUCCCUCCCAAGAGAACUCAUUGAGCAGGUGUUUUUGAGGCUCCCAGCUAGCUGUUUGCUGCGGUGCAUUGGUGUCUGCAAGAUGUGGCGCAUCAUCAUCCGAGAUUCGCAGUUUGCCAUGGCACACCUCAAGCAUGUACCACCCUGUACACUCCUGUUCUCCCCCAAAGAGUCAAGGUCAGGCAGGCUGUGUCUCAGUGAUGCUGUUAUCUUUGACGAAGCCUGGUCACCGUCAACAUGGGCGGCACCAGUGAUUGGGCCGGAUGACCUACUCUGCGGUACAUGCAAUGGGCUUCUUUGCUUGCACACACCUACAUCAACUCUCAAGAUAGCCAACCUUGCAACUGGUGAAUGUCUGCAUCUAAAGAAGCCUACAAAAAGCUCAAAGGAUGACCACUUCUCUUUCUACAGAUUUGGAUUUCACCCAGUCACUCAAGAAUACAAGGUUAUACAUUUUUGUCAGGAGACCAGUCCCUUAACUGAAGGCAGAUUUAAUGUCAUUCAAGUUUACACACUUGGUGAUGAGAAAUGGAAAGAUAUCGUAACUCUGGAAGCUCUAAGUUUGAACUGUGUGAAAAACUCCGGAGUAGUCAUUGUUGAUGGCACAAUGUAUUGGCUUAUUGAAGACGGGGGAUCUAAUUGGAAGCAUGCGGUUAUGUCCUUUGAUCUUGGGGAAGGAAGUUUUGCAUAG